GAAUCCUUCCGGGCAAAACCUCUAUCAUUUCAAUUUAAUUUCCUUGCUAGUGCUAGCUAGAGGCAAGUUAUAACGAACGUGAGACCUUUCAGACUUACGACGCAGCACAACCCACUGGAGAGGAAUGAGCCAGGCGACGCAACAAUUGGGUGCUGACCCCACGGCACUGAGAGAACAACUCUUUGACUUCUGGACCAGGAAAGAGCUAGAGCCGCUGCGAGCUGUAGCCUUCAAGGGCUUUUCAGACUUCCAGACACCCCUAGAGGACCUGCUGUGUGUCCUGGAGGGCUGUCCAGGCAGGCAGAAGGGGAAGGCCACCACCAUGGGCCACAGCAUCCUCAUGGAGUUUGAGCGCUGGAGACGCACACAUCCCAAGGUGACCCUCCAGGCCGUCCCAGAGGUCUCUAAAUUGGGAUUGCAGCGUCGUGCUCUCAGCCUUCUCACGGACGCCCAGCCCAGCUUCAUGGAUCCUCUCAUAGACAUCUACCAGCUGGGGAAUCUGGACCGAAGCAUCCUGAGGCUGCAUAUCAUCAAACUGCAGGCUGUCAACUGCUACAGGGAGGCUGCGUUGUUAAGCAUGAAACUGGAGCUUCAGAAUGAAGUGGAUAUGGAGGAGAUAUGUGUCCCUCUGAUUCUACAGGACAAGCUUCCUAUGGCCGAGUCGUUUGUAAGGGGCCAUCCCAGGCUGGAGGAACGUAUGGUCACACUGCUGGACUCGUGGUGCCAUCCUGACUUCAGCAUAGCACAACUACGCAGGCAGUUUCCCCGCUUGUCCCUCUCCAAACAUCAAACGGAUCAAAUCCAGCCCAAAAUGCUCAGCAAACAAGUGUUUCGACUGAUGGAGAAAUUCAACAUUGACCCAGGCCUGUGUCCCAACUCUGUGUACAAGCGUAAAUCAGACUCCAUGCGAUUCCUCAUGUAUAAAAGGUUUGUAGAGAAAGGCAUGUCAGAGGAGAACUGGAGGGACCAUGUACAGUCGACAGUGGCAGACGACCCAGAGCUGCAAAUCCAGUUGGUUGAGUUGAUGGUUAAGUAUGGUGGGAUGGUCAACGCUGCCCAGUGGUCACUACACUACGGUCUCCCCAAAGAUCGUCUGCCGUUUGGGGUGUGGGACACACAGGAGAGCCUACCACCCUCGCUGAGGGAGGUAUCUAAAGGCUGCAAUGCUGAGUCGUGGGACCCGUCCCAGGCACACCGUGAUAGGUUCUACCAGCUGCCAAUCACCAGGGACCAUGUCCACUUCCUGGAGACCGUGGAGGGGCUACAGCGCUGCAGAGACACAGUGCUACAGCCUGGUUGUAUAGUAGGGGUGGAUAUGGAGUGGAGGGCAGGGUUCGGUGCAGUGUCUCCCCAGCAGAGGGUAGCUUUGAUCCAGCUAGCAGUGCCAGGCCAGGUGUUCCUGUUGGACCUGUGUGCCCAUGGAUUCUCUCAACAUAACAUCACUGUCACCUUCAUCAGGAGCCUCUUCUCUGCUACCACGGUCCUCAAGCUGGGUUAUGGGAUGGCAGGGGACCUGAAGUGUCUUCUGGCCACAUGGGCCCAGUUCUCUGAGGAACCUCUGAAGAUGGAAGGAGUGCUGGAUCUACUCAACGUGCACCAACAGAUGCAGCGUAGCACCAGCAGUCGUGGUAGCGGGGGACCUCGCGGUGUGCUGGUUGGGGAGGGCCCAGCAGAGAAGGGUCUCAGUCUCCUGGUCCAGCAGGUCCUGGGGAAGCCCCUAGAUAAGAUGGAACAGCUGUCUAACUGGGAGAGACGACCACUGAGGACGAGUCAGCUACGCUACGCCGCUGUCGAUGCAUACUGCUUACUGGACGUCUACUCAGCCCUCUCUCGUGACCCAGCAAGCUUUGGGCUGCCACAGGACUUGUGCUCCAUCUCCUCACUUCAGACGGAGAAGAGUAAAGAGGAGAAGAAGCGGAAAGAGGAGAAGAAGAAGCAGGCCCGGCGCCGAGGGGCACACCAGGAGUCAGACCCAACCCCAACCCUAGGCCCAGAGAAAAGCCCCCAGCUUGGGAAGGACAGUCAGAGUCCACUGCCCCCACGCAUGGCUCCUCAACAACUGCGUGUGGUGUGUGACAACAUGCUACAGGGUCUGGGGCGCUACCUGCGCUGUCUGGGGGUCGACGUGGUAUUGCUGGAGAAUACUGAUGACCAUAGGGUGGCUGCACAGUUAGCCCAAGAAGACGGACGAGUCAUACUCACCUGUGGUCAGCCAUACCAGACACUGAAGUCCCAGGUGGGAGAGGGUCGCUGCGUUGCGCUGGACUGCUCAGAGAAAGCCCGGGACCAGGCAAUACGAGUCCUGAAACACUUCAACGUCCAGCCAACCCAGUCGGACAUAUUCAGCCGCUGUCAGGUGUGUAACAGUGACCAGUACCUGAAGAUGCCUAGAGAAAACAUGACACGCCUGCUGAAGGAGAGAGGGUUUCUACAACAACAGCAGCAGGCUCCUGUUCCACCAGAGGGUGAAACCUGGGACGACCCCCCUUCCCCGGCCCCAUUCCUGGCCCCAGGGGCCCCCAGGUACUCACCUCAUUGUCGCUGGGCCCCUCUGUCAGACCUGGACUCCUCCACCCUCACCUUCCCUAGGGGAGCGGUGUUACAGCUGCACACCGUGCCCCCCGGCCUGCUACCCAGGAUACCCUUCUUCUUUAUCUGCACCGGCUGUGGCAAGAUCUUCUGGGAGGGCUCCCACUUCAGCAGGGUCUUGUCACAGUUUCAGGAAGUGUUGUGUAUCACUGAGGAUACUGAAGAUACUCUUGAGUUUUUCAACCCAACAGGACCGACCCCUAACCUCUGACCGCUAAUCUCUGUCCAUCUUGCAGGGAUCAAAAUGGCCGCUGACUGAACUAGGCCUACUGUACUGAUUACUGUCUUCACACACCUAUUUUGGUGCUGUUCCAUUUCGUCAAACUUUAUCUUCCUAGUUUACUACGUCCCGUUCUACAGACUGUUAUGUUAUUACAAUGGAAUUAACACAAAUUUGACCUUCAAAUUUCCUUCAGUUUUGAAGCCAUAUGUUAUUAUGAGUUGAAAGACUGGUUUGUCUUUUUAUGUGGGAAUGGAUCUGGUUAUGACUGCGGUCUACUGUCUGGGAAGCUUUUUUACGAGUAUAUGUUUUAUGAAGACACAGUACCAAUCAAAAGUUUAGACACAUCUACUCAUUCAAGUUUUGUUUUUUUUCUACAUUGUAGAAUAAUAGUGAAGACAUCAAAACUAUGAAAUAACACAUAUGGAAUCAUGUAGUAACCAUAAAAGUGUUAAACAAAUAAAAAUAUAUUUUAGAUUUAAGAUUCUUCAAAGUAACCAUCUUGAUAACAGCUUUGCACAGUUUUGGUAUUCUCUCAACCAGCAUCAUGAGGAAUGCUUUUCCAACAGUCUUGAAGGAGUUCCCACAUGCUGAGCACUUGUUGGCUGCUUUUCCUUCACUCUGCGGUCCAACUUAUCCCAAACCAUCUCAAUUGGGUUGAGGUCGGGUGAUUGGAGGCCAGGUCAUCUGAUGCAGCACUCCCAUCACUCUCCUUGGUUACUACAUGAUUCCAUAUGUGUUAUUUUUUAUGUCUUCUACAUUGUAGAAAAUAGUUUAAAAAAAAAAAAAAAAAAACCUGGAAUGAGUAGGUGUUCUAAAACUUAACUGGUACGGUAUAUGUUCUUCAUCUUAAACUCGGUUUGAUUUUAACUACUUUUCCAUAAGUGACAAGGGGCUUCAUACUAUUAUAUAUUCUGUGAAUCCUGUAUUUUAUUGUUGAUUAUGAAAUAAGUUGUUUUAUAAAAAGGUAACUCUCGUUAUCACUGAUGGCG